AGACGCGGGUGAAACAUCCGCGUACGAACAUGGCAUCUCUAUUCCUUUUGCCUCCGCCACACAUGAAAGUAGUCGUGCGUGUGCGUCCCAUGCUCGCUGCUGAGGUCAAGAAAGGAAGCACUCGGUGUGUCGACGUCAUUUCGACCUCGAACACGUGCCAACAGGUUCAAAUUGACGAUCACGUGUUUGACGUUGAUCGAGUCUACGACGAACGAAUCAACCAGCGCGACUUCUUCCACAAAGAGUUUUCCACCUUGAUUCCUACGCUCUUUGACGGGAACAAUGUCACGGUAUUUGCAUGUGGCGCCAGCGGCAGUGGUAAAACGUUCACUAUGGAAGGCGCGGGCAGGACUGUGGCGAAGAAUCCGGGUCUCGUACCGCGAAUUAUGCAGAAAGUGUUCCAAUACGGACAGCAACAGGUCGCAAACUACCGCGUCGAAAUGUCGUUCGUCGAAGUCCACAACAACAAGGUGAUGGACUUCCUCGCCCCAACAGCGCACAAGUUUCACCAAGAAGAGUUGUCUCUCUCAACCUCUCCAUGCGGACGUGUUAUCGUGGACAACUUGAUCGCUCGGCACAUUUUAUCCUUUGACGACUUCCAAGGUUUGUACGAACGCGCGUGUAAGACUCGGCGCAAAGGCACAGCCACAUACCAUACACGCAGCAGUCGCAGUCACAGCCUGCUCCAUGUGCGCGUCGAAUCGCGCGGGUUCGACGGACUUGUGCGCGUGGGGCACCUGCAUCUCGUCGACCUUGCUGGCCAAGAUGACAUUUGUCCAACUGUCCAAGAAUCUGCGUGCAUGAUGCUCGACAUGCAACCACUUGACGAAGUUCCGAUUGCUCGGUUGUUGGCCGACAGCGUUGCGCAUUCGUCCAUCGCUGUCAUGGUAUGCACCGUGUCAUCCGCCUCUGUCGUGGCCAGGGACACGCUGCAAGUGCUGCAACACGCGGCAAAGAAGCAGCAAAUCGUGCCCCCAACAGCAUUGCCCAGAAAGUCCACUCCAGUCUCGUCUCCACCUUCCACCGUAUCGCCGUCUUUUUCUACAUCACUCCGUCCGACUUUGGAGCUCACGCCCAAGACCCGGCCUGCAGCCUCGCCGUCCAUGGAUACGCCCACACCAUGUGCAAAGAGACGUCGAGACGAGUCGCCUUUGUCAAAUCCCACCAAGUCAAUGAAGCGAUUCCGAUUGCAGCAAGAGUCGUCGCCUUUGCCCACAGACCAGUUCACCGUCGGCUCAAACGACCACCGUAAUGUUACCACACGUCGGUUGCAGCCCCUCAUAGAUAGUCGCGUCGAGCCUGGUCGUGCCUUCUUGCAUCGGCCACCCCAACUGGCGAAGGAAAGCAUGAAGCACUUGCUGACAAUGGCGGUAGAUUUUGAAAAACGAGGCAAGGCUCGGCCCGCCAUGUUGCUAUACAUGCAGGCCACAAUGCUCUUGGACACCCCAAACGAAAAGCUUCAAGCUCGAAUUCGCUCCCUCAUGUCCGCACUGCCCACAGCCGACGUGCACGAAGUCUUGCAACCCAGUAACCAUUCAGUCCACGACGCCGUGCAGCACAUCUUGGAAGAAGACAUCCUCGACACGUUCAACCACGGGUCCAUGGCAGCGUUGAUGGCAUUUCAGAGCAUCGGCGAAAAGAAAGCGAUGAAGAUUAUUCGCGGACGCGACAAGGUCGAGUACACGUGCAUUCACGACUUGAUGAAGGCCGGGAUGGGCGAAAAGCAAGUCGUGCGCUUUGAACAACUCAACGUCGCUGCCCGGUUGAGUCUGUUGUAACAAUAACACCAUCGUCCGACCUAAACCCGUGACCGGUGUGUCCGUGAUGGGACUUGACUGGUGUAACUUGAUGGGUGAUGGAUGGGUCUUUGCA